AUUACAUGUGCACACAUGAUGGUGUUUGGUCAUAGGUUGGACUUGAUGAUCUCAGAGGUCUUUUCCAACCUAACCAAUUCUGUGACUCUCUGAUUCUACAGAACAGCAGCAAAUUCUGGGCCUGGUUCUAAAUCAGGUUCGGUUUGGUCCACUAUGCAGUCCAAAGUUGUUAUGCUGAAGGUAAUCAGGUGACUUGGGCAUUGCCAUAGCCUCUGGGAAAACUGAGGGGUGCUGCUGGUCCGAGUGCUGUCCUGCUGCUGGAGAAAAAUGGCAAUGGAGUCCACAGACAGUUUGGCCUUUGGUGCUUCAGCCAUGGCAUACAGAGAAGCAAGAACAGCGAGGGGGUAGCAGGUCAAUGGCAAGUUGUCCAGGCAGAUCGGGGACCUGGGCAGACCAGGCAUGGAGCAGCAGGGAGCAGUGGUACAUGGGGGAGAGACCAGGAGCAAUACAGGUCAGAAUAGAGGGGUACCAGAGGGGUCUGAGAGAGCCAAGAGGUGACUGAGUGAUCACUUGAGCGCCUCGGGGUGCACAUGCACCAACUGGACUGUGUGGAGAAGUGUGCACAGCAUCUGUCCAUCCUGCCUGAAUCUUGUUAACAUUGUUGAGAACUUCACUUUCAUAAGGUCUAAAAUUCUCUGCAUUUUAAAGAGAGCAGAAGGACUGUCUGGAGUGUAUGGGCUCUUCUUUCCUGGAAUGUAAAGAAAACCUCGGCUCUGCAGCUGGAGUGCAGGGGGCUUCAUUCCUUAGUGAAAGCAGAGAAGGGAAAUGCAGAUGUCACAGCUGGGACAGGAGAUUUAUCUUGGCAAGCGAAGAGGAAAAAUACUUUCAAAAAGAAAAGAGAAAACUCAGAAGAAUCCACUCCCCAUCUUCACUGCCUGCCAGCAUGAACAGAACCUCCAACCUGCAAAGGCCUUUGGUCUCCUGGGCCUGGGCUGCUGCCCAGCUGGAUUAGCUCCUCGCUGCUUUCUCUUUGGAGUGAGACUGUUGUGGUGGGACCAGAGAGGCUGUGAGAACCAGGCUGAUCCUGAAGAGAGACUGUCUCCAAACAACUCAGCUGGAGGUGGGAAAGGAAAAGUCACAGUCAAAAGAUGGAAGCAUGAAAAGGAAAAGGAGGGACAGAUGCAGCCAGGAUGACUAUGGAGAACUGGAUGCAGGGAGAGGAAAUCAUCCCCUCCUCAGCCAUGCACGGUGCCCCUGGGCUACAAGAGUGACACCUUAAGGCAUCCCAUGCACAACCAGGCAGGGGAGAAGGCUUAGUGCCUCAGUCUCUGCUUGGGGCCUCCAGAGGUCUAACACCAGGUCUGGGUGGGGAGAAAUGUAGAGCUUGCAUUUGGAUGUCUGGAUGCUUUAUAUUAGCUCCCAAGAUAACUGUUGUACAACAGGAAAGGGUGUUCGAAUGAGAAGUGCACGCACGCACAUACAGUGUGCUAUUUAGACAACCCUAAGCAUGAGCAUUUUUCAGACAACCUGGAUCACUUCUCUGACAACAUGGAGGAUUUCUCCAAUGACCUCUUCAGCAGUUUCUUUGAUGACCCAGUAUUGGCUGAGAAGAACCCAUUGCUGGACAUGGACCUGGAUCCACCCACUCCAGGCAUCCAGGCAGAGCACAGCUAUUCCCUCAGCGGAGACUCUGCUCCCCAGAGCCCCCUUGUGCCUGUCAAGACUGAAGAUAAUACUAAUGAGCUGGAGAAUGGAGUGUGGUCGCUGGGGCCCAAGCUCUGCUCCAUCAUGGUGAAACAGGAACAGAACCUGGCUCUAGACCUGCCUGAGUCCCAGCUAGCUGCCAGCUCCAUACCAGUGCUGAACCUCAACCCUCUGCAGAGACUGCCAGUCCCCGAGGAGAUUCCCAUAGAAAUGACUCCAGCACCUGUGAUCAAAGCUGAACCCAAAGAGGUGAACCAGUUUCUAAAUGUACCUACAGUAGAUGACCUGGUGCAGAUGCCUCCAACUCCACCCAGCAGCCAUGGCAGUGACAGCGAUGGAUCUCAGAGCCCUCGGUCCCUGCCUCCCUCCAGCCCAGCCCGGCCUGCUGCUCGCUCUUCUACUGCCAUCUCCUCCUCACCUCUCCUCACAGCACCACAUAAAUUGCAAGGAACCUCUGGCCCGCUGCUCUUGACUGAAGAGGAGAAGCGCACCUUGAUUGCCGAGGGUUACCCCAUUCCUACCAAGCUGCCCCUCACCAAAGCAGAGGAGAAAGCACUGAAGAGAGUCAGGAGGAAAAUCAAGAACAAGAUCUCUGCUCAGGAGAGUCGCAGGAAGAAGAAAGAGUAUGUGGAAUGUCUAGAGAAAAAGGUUGAGACAUACACAGCAGAAAACAAUGAACUCUGGAAAAAAGUGGAGACCUUAGAAAAUGCAAACAGGACUCUGCUCCAACAGUUACAGAAGCUGCAGGCUCUGGUAGCUGGGAAAGUCUCCAGACCUUAUAAAAUGGCUUCCACGCAGACUGGGACCUGUCUAAUGGUGCUGGCACUCUGCUUCGUUCUGAUCCUGGGAUCCCUGAUGCCCUGUCUCCCUGAGUUCUCCUCAGCGUCACAGACAGUGAAAGCAACACCAGCACCAGACAUUUACACAACUAGUAAGAUUCAGUCACGGAGCCUUCUUUUCUAUGAUGAGGGUGCUGGCUCCUUAGAAGAGAGCUAUAGCUCCUUCCUAACCCUGGACCAUCCUGAGGGGUGGGAGGCUGAAAAAAGGCAGUCUGAGGAGGGAAGGCCUCAUCUGGCCAGGACACAUGAGACAGCCAAAUAUCUGAGCAAAACACAGCUGGAGGGUCCUGACCAGAACCAAACUGACACAACUCUCACCCACCUCAAAGAGCAAUUCCAUAAGAGGGAGACAAGCUCCAGUGAGACAACUGAAUUCUUGUAGCAGCUGCUGGACCUCAAGGCCUCAUUUGUCAGAUUGCAGGAUUCCCUCCUCACCAAGCAACUGAGGGGACUUGGCAGGAGAGGACACUUGCAUUCAGACACUCAUAAACUGGCCUUGGGUUCAGCUCCUCCCCUUCCCCAUUCUCCCCAUAAGUAAUGAUCUCCCUAAGGGGAGUCACAGGACUGCCAGAACCAGCAAUAGAUGUCUGGAGAAGCCCUGGACGCCCUCUUCUCCUGGCCUUACCUCCUGCUUAAGUGAGCACUAUCCUAUGGAUGUGGGCUCACUUUGAAGUGGAGGGAGAUCAGAGGAAGCACCCAAACUACUCAGCUCACUCCCCAAAGCCUCCAAACCAAGGGGGCUGUCCCCAGCUGUGUACCCCUUGGCUACAUCAGAUGCACCUGAAGGAGAGAGAGAGAGAGAGAGAGAGAGAGAGAGUGUGUGUUGGAUUUACUGUCCUGCCUGGGGAACUAGGAGUGGGUGAUACUGGUGCUAGAGAGAUGGUUCUGGAGAGUUUGAGCUCAUUCCUUGCCCUCAUCAGUUAGUAUAUUUCUGCUUCCAUUGAGAGAAAACCUAGUUCUUCCUUGCUCUAGUUUUCUUUUGAUGGACAUGCCUACAUAACGCCAACUAUCUGCAAAAAUCUGCACACAAAUGGAGUGGGGGAGACAGAUCCCAGACCGAUAAAUCACCAUAAAAAUUAGCCAGCAGCUUCUAGAUAACCAGAGCUCUGAAACAGAGAACAAUUUUCCCCCACAACCCACUUCUCCCCACCCUCAGCACCCCUGCUUUGGCAGGAGUGGCAUUUCUCCAUCUGUUCCCAGCUUGGACCCUACAGUGCAGUGCUAACCAGGUCAGUGGUCUUCUCACUUUCCAUUCUGCAGGCAUUUCAUUUGAGAGUGAGUGAAACACAUUUUCAUAACCUGACCCCCAUCCCAGCUCUCCACCUCCAAUUCAGUUUUAUGCCAAAUAGGGUCUUUCUAGGAACCAGCAAGGAAGGCUCUGCAACCCAUUGGAGGUCUGUCAGAUUAGCCAUCGUUCCCCUCGCAUCCUCUGUGUGCACAACACAAAGUGUUGUGAAAACCACUGAGGACAUACUGGCAUUUCUGGAGACAGAUAUAUCUGUCAGGAAAGAGGUGGCAUGUUGGAAUUGGCCAGGGUAAUGAAAGGCAGUUUUAGACCUUUUCCUUCUAAGUACUUUCACCAAAGGUAGCAAACUCUUGCCAUACCAUCCCUCAGGCCAGACUUGCCAAUUUUGGUGUUGAAGUGACCUCAUCUCAAGCCUAUGCCAUCCUUUUUAGCACCCAGACACCCAUUUCUGAUCCUUCUUCCUCCCCAGCAAAAGCCCUGUAGAAAGGCUCAAGUGUCUCCUUGCUCCAUUCCCUCAGCUGCCAUUUGAUGGAAGGACAAUGUGGGACAUGAGUGUUGGAGAUGUGGGAUGUGGCAGAUUGCCCCAUGUUUUAACAUGUGUCCUUCACUCUGCCAGGGCAUUCUGCAGGCUCCUCUUCCACUUGUUUCUCAUCAAGCACCCUGGACUCACUCUGCACUGCCCCAGCCUCUCCUCUUUCUCCAGUCUGGGAAUGGAGAAGGCCCCCUGGAGAGGAAAGAUGGGAUGGCUCUUGCUCAGUGAAUAGAAGUGAGGGAAGGGCCCUCAUAUCCUUCCUUUCUCCCUUUUGAAACUUGGUUUUAUCUUCCAACACCAUUUAGGAAAAAUUUGGACACAGCUAGCUGCAGCCAUACCUGCAUGGCCAGUGGGGUGAGGAAGAGGAAGGCUUUCAGCAUAGCUCUCCUCAAGGUCACCAGAUACCACUGCAUUUCCCAUCCUCCACCUCCACCCCAGCACAAAGAACCACUGUUGGGUCCAAGCACACCCUCCUCCACCCCAGCACCUCCACUGAGCGUGUCCCCGUGCCUCUCACUCCCACUGUUGUACAGAGACCAAGAGCAGAACUCGUUUGUACAUAAUGAACCUUAUUUUGUAUUAUUGCCGAUCCCUUAAGAUAUUGUAUUUUGGAGACUCUCAGAUCCUAUUUUCAGUAUUGUAUUUUAUUAAGAAUUAGUGCGGGCUUGGCAUCUAUGAACUUCUUUCUUGUAGCAGCUCACUUUCCACUUAUACUCCAGCAGCUGCCUCUUCCCUCCUCUUUGGUUGGUUUUUUUUUUUUGGUUGGUUUUUUUUUGGUUGUUUGUUUUUUUCCAAGCCACCUUUUCUCCUCCUCCUAACACUUGCUCUGCAUUUGCUUUGUGAAGCAAAAUAAAAAUAAAAUAAAAAAUUGCAGCAUCAA